AUGUUUGUGACACUCGAGAGUGUUCCGGUCAUUCUGCUCGGCCUCGUCGUAGCGUAUUACUUGGUGCCCUACCUGCAAAAGUCGCAUCUGCGCGACAUUCCCGCUGCGGGGUUCGCCGGGUUCACCAACGUUUGGCUACUGCUGCAAUGCCGCCAAGGUCAAAAGUUCAAGACGAUCGACGAGGCCCACAAGAAGCUUGGAAAGCUGGUCCGCAUCUCACCUACCCAGGUCUCUGUCGCCGAUGAUGCGGCCAUCCAGAGCAUCUACGGACAUGGAAAUGGUUUCUUGAAAGCGGACUUUUACGAUGCCUUUGUCUCUAUCCGCCGUGGCUUGUUCAACACCCGUGACCGUGCCGAGCACACCCGCAAGCGCAAGACCGUUUCCCACACCUUCAGUGCCAAGUCUAUUGGUCAAUUCGAGCAGUAUAUCCACGGCAACAUUGAGGAGUUUGUGAAGCAAUGGAACAAACUGUCCGACCUUCAGGGUGACCCCAAGACCGGCUAUGCCAGCCUUGAUGCUCUCAAUUGGUUCAACUACCUGGCCUUUGAUAUCAUCGGUGACCUGGCUUUCGGUGCUCCUUUCGGCAUGCUCGAGAAGGGCCAGGAUAUUGCCGAGAUGCGUUUGGACCCCAAGGACCCUCCCAAGUACGUCGCUGCUGUCGAAGUUCUCAACCGUCGUGGCGAGGUGUCUGCCACCCUGGGCUGCAUGCCGUCUCUCAUCCCCUACGCCAAGUACAUCCCGGACAAGUUCUUCUCUGAAGGUCUGCAGGCCGUGGAGAACCUUGCUGGUAUCGCCAUCGCCCGUGUCAAUGAGCGUGUCAAGCCGGAGGUCAUGGCCAACAAUACCCGUGUGGAUCUUCUUGCGCGUCUCAUGGAAGGCAAGGACGAAAAGGGUAACCUGCUUGAACGCGCCGAACUGACCGCCGAGGCCCUCACCCAACUGAUCGCUGGCUCUGACACCACCUCCAACACCUCCUGUGCCAUCCUCUACUGGUGCAUGAUCACCCCGCACGUUCUCCCCAAGCUGAGCAAGGUCCUGGACGAUGCGAUCCCCAAGGACAUCGAAGUUCCCACACACGCCAUGGUCAAGGAAAUCCCCUACCUCCAAUGGGUAAUCUGGGAAACAAUGCGGAUCCACAGCACCUCCGCCAUGGGUCUUCCCCGCGAGAUCCCAGCCGGUUCCGCCCCCGUCGUGAUCUGCGGACACACCUUCAAAGCCGGCGACGUUCUCUCCGUCCCCAGCUACACGAUCCACCGCUCCAAGGAAGUCUGGGGCCCCGACGCGGAACAGUUUGUCCCAGAGCGAUGGAGUCCGGAACGUCUCACCGCUCGUCAAAAGGCCGCCUUCAUUCCCUUCAGCCACGGGCCUCGUGCCUGUGUCGGUCGUAACGUCGCUGAGAUGGAACUGCUCGUCAUCUGCGCUACUGUGUUCCGUCUCUUCGAGUUCGAGAUGCAACAGGAUGGACCUAUGGAGACUCGUGAGGGAUUCCUGCGUAAGCCGCUUGCUUUGCAGGUUGGUAUGCGUCGUCGUCGGGUUUGA